AUGACCAUGGGAGCAUCGCCGAACCAAACUAUUAUACUAGUUGUUGGAGGGAAUUCUGGCAUCGGAUUUGAGCUGGCCAAUCAGCUUCUCGCGGAUGAGAACAAGCUCGUGCUCUUAGGCUGUCGGUCUAUUGUGAAGGGCAAAGCCGCCGUUGAGAGGCUGCAGUCCAGAAAUCUAGCGGGCUCCGUGCAAAUGAUCCAGGUGGAUAUCGACAGCAAAGAGUCUAUUGCGGCCGCUGCGCAAAACAUAGAAGAGAAAUAUGGAAGGCUUGAUGCCCUUGUUAAUAGUGCCGGAAUCGCUUGGUUACCUGAUAUGACGGUAGAGGAGAAAAUGAUGACAGCAUUCCGGACAAACGCUGUUGGAGCUUGGUUGCUGGGGGAAGCGAUGGUGCCGCUACUUAAGAAAUCAAGCGGUACCGCUCGACUGGUCAAUGUUUCAAGCGGUGCCGGCUCCGUGCAUAUCCAAUUGAAACAUGGGGCAGAGUUCAAGUCGCCAACCGUCCACUACAAUGCAAGCAAGGCUGCACUGAACAUGAUCAAUGCUGUGCAAUCCACGAACUACGGCCCAAAGGUCAAGGUCUUCGCGUAUUGCCCUGGCUUCACCGUGAGCAACCUCAGCCCGUUCUGCAAGGCUGAAAACGGCGCAAAGCCGACGUUCGAGGCCGUGAAGCCCAUGUUGGCCAUUCUGAACGGAGACAGAGAUGCGGAAAAUGGCGGUUUCCUCAUAGGUGGCAUGCGAGGUCGGGAGCAUCAAAUCUCCAGAGAUAUUCACGUCGGGGAAGACCAACUACCAUGGUGA